AUGAUGCUGCUCAAGUACAUCACACUCCUCCUCUUCCUCAUUGCGCUUAGCGCAACCACUCCCACCAACACCCUCCCAACCCUGACAUCAACCACCACCACCUCAGCCUCCCAAACCCCGACCGUCACCGAAAACUCUUACUUCAGGUGGUCAAUGUGCGUCCCUAGCAAGGAGUGCAACGAUCCGCUCGACAUCGUCAUCGGGGUGAUCAUUUUUCUGGUUCUGAGUGUUGGAUCCACGACGUUCAUGGUGUGCAGUGUGCUGUAUAGGUGUGAGGAACGACGGGCGAGAUUGAGGGCUAGAAGUGAGGAUUGA